AACGAGCCCGGAGGAGCUUGUUAGCGAAAGCGUUCACAACACUUGCAGACGAACUACCUCAGAUCAACAAGUUAUAAAUAUGAACAUGUUUUUGAGAAAUAGUGCCUGGAGAUGUCAAAGGCUUUCCCUCUUGCAAAUAAGACAUUGCAGCUCAAUGAUCAAGAAAGCACGAGAUAAACUUGCAUCUUUGGGCGAAGGACAAGUAUCUUUACAUAAAGAUGAUGCCUCAGGUAUUGCUACAGUAACACUGCAACACCAGCAGAGGAAGAAUGCUCUCUCAGGUUCCAUGAUGGUGCAAUUAGCUGACAUUGUGGAAGAUUUGUCUUCAUGGGAAACAGGAAAAGGAGUGAUUCUUCAAGCUGAAGGAGAUUCCUUUUGCUCAGGAGGAGACUUAACCACAGUGAAGGCCAUAUGCAAUCCACAGGAUGGGCUGUUAAUGUCAACUUUCAUGCAUGAUACUUUAACACGGUUUUAUAAUUUACCUUUCAUUACAACAUGUCUUGUUCAUGGCAAAGCUCUCGGAGGCGGUGCUGAGCUCACAACAGCAACAGACUUCAGAGUAUUUACAAAUACCGGGGAAGUAAGUUUCGUCCAGGGUCGUAUGGGGGUGGUGACUGGUUGGGGUGGUGGAACGAGGCUGGUGAAACUUGUAGGCCCUACUAUCACUCUCGAUCUUCUAACAACCUGUAGUAAACUGAAUAGUGUUAAAGCCUCGGAAAUUGGCUUGGCAAAUCAUGUUGUUGGUGCUGAGAAAAGAUUCGAGGACACGAAGGCAUGGUUGACGGAGAGGGUUUCUCAUGCCCCAGAGGUCCUUCAGGCUAUGAAGAGGAUAGUCACUGCAGCAAGGGAUUCCACGUUAAAUGAGAGCUUACUUAAUGAACGUCUGAAUUUCUCACCAUUGUGGGGUGGGCCAGCAAAUUUAAGAGCCCUAGGGGGAAAUAUUAAGCAUAAAUAGAAGGAUUUAUACAUGUAGCCAUGACAUUCUUAUGUAUAUAUUUUCCAAAUAAUAUAUUUUUAGUAUUGCAGAUGAUGUAGAGUAAAAUUAUUUUACAUAAGCAUUUUCCUUUAUCUUGCAAAAACGAAUAAUAUAAUUGAUACUUUUUUGUGUGUAUGAAUAAAUAUGGACAUUAUAUGAAAAUAAACCUUUUAAUGUAACUAUUUAUUUUAUAUCAUUAAUGAAGAUCCUUCAUACAUAAUUCACAUUUCUUUGAAUGCUGCAUAGGGGACGGUGGUGAAUCAGUUUACCUUUUGGGACAUUAAAAAAGUGAAUUUGAUAACCCAGAUUCAUUGCAGAUUCUGUUACAGAAAUUAUUGACCUGAUUGUUUAUAUAAAAUACCAGAAGGAUAUUAAAGUGAUGAAAAAUAUAUAUAAUCUGUAUGUGAUGCAAUACUCUAUUCAUGUAUCUAUAGAAUUUCUCUGCCAUAUUAAAUUAUAAGUUCUAAAAAGUCAACUGUUACAGAAACUCAUCCAUUUCCUUUCCAUUUCUUUGAAAGCUUUUACAUUUA